AUGUCUAAACGAAUGCUCUUCUUGAUGUCAAUAACAUUAUUAACGUUAAAUACUGUAAAUGCAUUUCGUGGACAAGGAAUGCUCUUCCUUGAAUCGGAUUUCAAGGCGUGCGGAGAAAGUGAUGGGGAUAAAGACAUGUUUUGUGCAUUAAAUAGUGCUCAAUUUAAUGACUGUGGCAAACAUAUUAAAAUAAAAGGACCAAAAGGAAAUGCCAUAGUAAAAGUAAAAUAUGAAUGCCCGACAUGUUCUUUUGGUGAUUUGGGCUUGUCACCCGAAGUUUUGAGUAAAAUUGCUAAUCCUGAUGAUAAUGAAAUACCCAUUACUUGGUCAUUCAUAGGUGAAAGUGAUGGGUUUAAUCAUGGACAUAGAAAUGUACCAAAAGUUGUCCCUAGAGCAGAAGAACCUGCACCUGAGGCUCCAAAGGACGAACCUAAAGAAACGGAUGAAAAAGAGGCACCAAAAGACGAACCUAAAGAAACGGAUGAAAAGGAAGCUCCAAAGGACGAACCUAAAACUGAAGAAAAGGAAGCUCCAAAGGACGAACCUAAAACUGAAGAAAAGGAAGCUCCAAAGGAAGAACCUAAAGAAUCGGAAGAAAAGGAAGAUCCAAAGGACGAACCUAAAGAAAAGGAAGUAAAAGAAGCUCCAAAGAAAGAACCUAAAGAAAAAGAAACUCCAAAGGAAGAACCUAAAGAAACGAAAGAAAAAACUCCAAAGGAUACACCUAAAGAAAAUGAAGCACCCAAGAAAGCGCCAAAAGAAAAAGAAACAACUAAGAAAGCGCCAAAAAAAGCACCUAUACAAAAUCCUAAAGUCAUAGCAAAACCAAAAGGAAUUAAGGUAGCACAAGAUAAGAUAGGUAUUACACCGGUUAAAGUAAAAAAUAAUCCAAAAGUAUCGAAAGGUUUAGGAACAGGUGGUAAAAGCGCAAAAUUAGUAGAUGAUAAUAAAUCAACAUUAAAAUUUGGUAAAGAAAAAGAGAAAAAAGCAAAUAACGUUUCUACAAAAUUUGGUGCCGGUGAUCCCAAUGUUUUUAUAGCAAAUAACGCAUCAAACCAUAAAAAAACUACAUCUACUAAUGAUGAGGAUCCAAAUAUCGAUGAUGACGAAGACGACGAUAGCAGGGUUAUUCCAGCUACUCCAACUACUACUGAUCAAGUAUUAAAUGAAAAUAAUAAUGACCAAUUUCAAAACGAAAUUAAUAUUAAUAAACAGUUACAACCUCAAAAUCAUCAAUACAGUUCCAAUUCGAUGAUGAAAUUAGAACUGUUUAGUAAUAAAUUCACUUUUAUUACUGUUUUAUUAGCCGUUACUUAUUUAUUCGAUUAA